AUGUUUAUUAAAUCAUCAUCAGCUCUUUUCCUGCUGUUGAGCGCCUCGAGGCUUGCUUCUGCCUCCUUAACCGUUCAAAUCGGCUACUAUGCUGGCCUUGUUCCCGGCCUUCCAGGACCUGAGCCCGGUAUCGGCUGUGGGCUUUGGGCGCAAGCAACGGAUGGUUCAGAUACAGCGACGGCUGAUUUUGUUGGUACUGAGAGCGAACCCACGGACGGCUGUCCAGGAGCUGAUGUAGUCCUCUUCUGCGGGAGAUGGGGCUGUCCAUUCGACAUGACAUUUGCCGGAGUUUUGGCACUCACUGUCAACUCAGACAACUCGGAUGACAUGUCGAUCUCUGUCACAGCGACCGGCCUCAAUGGUGGCACAGCUACGGUAUCCUGCCCCUGGGCUGCAGAGACUAUUUCCAAGUCCGACUCUGGUUCCCUAUAUUCGACAUGGUCGUGUGAUGUUAGUGCGGUCCAGCCCUGA